AUGUCAACAGUGAAUGUUUGCAACAACCAUGCGAAUCAGGCCCGGCUAGAAUCGGUCCUAACCGCCCUCAGGUCGUGUGUGACCGUGUUGGCGUUACUGCUGCUGACAGCGGCCGGAUCCGUACAGCUGGAGACAAACAGCAUUGUGGCCGGUGUAAACAAUCAUCACCAUCCACAUCACACUCGACAUCAUCUACAUCGGGAGGUGACGAAACAGGAGUUCGAUAGCAUCGGUGAUGGUGGAGGUGGUGGUGGUGGUGGUGGCGAUGAUGCUGGUAAACAGAAGCUCAUGAAUGCUAUCAAUUAUAUUCUCAUCGAUUACCUGAACGAUGGUGAACGGGAGCGGCGCAUCAGUUGGAAUGGCGUCAUCGGAAAGGAGACGAGUCUAGCCGAUAAUAGUUCCAACAAAACGCUCAAACUCUGGCAAAUGGUCUCCAACAAGAAUCUGAUACAGAUCAUCUACACCAGCGAUGGACAAAUGAUGGACUGCGAGUACGUCCGGCAGCGCACUUUCAUACACCAGUUCCGAAGCCGCUUCAACAGUGAAUUCUUCCAAGCAUGGGCCCGUAACUUCACCUCACCGUUUAAUGGGGUGCCCGGUGCAACUGCCGGGACACACCGCCAUUCGCUCGUGUCCGACCAUGACUUUGAGCAGUACAUCGAGCAUGACAUCGUUACGCCCGAGAUGGUGGAACUACAGUACAAGAUGUUCGAGUUUCCGGCCGGUGUGCCGGCCACGCACCAAACCAUCGACGCGUUCGGCAUGCGCAAUCUGACGUACAUUCCGCUCCAUGCACGGGAAGACAUCCCGUCCGAUCUGCUGGAGCUGCUAAACUUUCACGAACUGAAGCAGCGAUGCAAUGUGCGGCACAUGCAGCUGAAGCAAAUUGCCCAAGGGCUGCAGAGUGCCGAUCCCGAACAUCAGCGGAUAGCGAACGAAAAGUUGCAAAGACAGCGACGUGACCUGUCCAGCAUGCUGCGCGUCCCGGGCACAAAAUGGUGCGGCAAGGGCUGGAGUGCCCGCAACUACGUCGAAAUGGGCGGCUACUCGAAGGCCGAUCGGUGCUGCCGCCAGCACGACCUAUCCUGCCCAUUCUGGAUAUUGGGAUUCGAGACGAAGUACAAUCUGUUUAACUGGCGCGUCAACACGCUAAUGCACUGCGGAUGCGACGAGAGAUUUCGUACCUGUCUCAAAAUGGCUGACUCCAGUGAUGCCAAUCUGGUCGGCAAACUGUUCUUCAACAUCGUCCAGAUGAAGUGUUUCGUGCUGAAGCCGGAAACGGUGUGCGUCAAGCGGACCUGGUGGAACAAAUGUGAAAAGAAGAUCCGCCGGAAGCGGGCCCACCUGCGGGACAAUAGAAAGUUUUAA